UAAUACAAAACAAGCAUUUGGCUUUUUUACUCUCUGCAAAAACUCUCGAUCCCUUUAUAUAUGUAUUUACCUGUUUUCUUGCAUGCUCUUCUCACCGGAAUUUCCCUUUUUAUUUUCCCUCCAACAACCACCCAAAUAAAAGUAGCAUUUCCUCUACAUAUAUUCUUUUUUCAGUUGUACUUUAUAAAAAAAAAUUCAAGAAAAGAAAUUCUUGGGCUUUUCCAUGCAACUAUAUAAAAUAGAGGGAAGGAUUGACGUGCAACUGAAAGACGAUGGCAUCAACUGAACUCAGUCUUGAUUGCAAGCCCAAUAUCGAAUCUCUGGUUUUGAAAAAAACACAGAAGCUGGAAGAAUUUGUAGCCCGUCUCGAAGAAGAAAAACUCAAGAUUGACGCCUUCAAGCGAGAGCUUCCACUUUGCAUGCAACUUCUCAGCAACGCUAUGGAGGCGUCAAGGCAGGAGCUGCAGUCGCAGAGGAUGAAGCAACUCUCAGCAGAUAAAGCUAAGUGGAUGUCAUCUGCAACACUCUGGAACCAUCAAGUUCCGCCGCCGGAAUUAAGGCUUGCGCCGCCAGAAGACAGCCAUGUUUGUACAAGAGAAAACUCGGGUGACCAUAAAGAGAAGAGGAAGGCCAGGAGAUGUUGGUCGCCACAUUUGCACAGCCGUUUUCUCAAUGCGCUGCACAUGCUCGGUGGUUCGCAACUGGCCACUCCCAAACAAAUAACGCAACUAAUGAAGGUUGAGGGAUUGACUAGUGAUGAAGUUAAAAGCCAUCUGCAGGUACUCUCUCUCCCCUUGAUUAAUUGGAGUUUUAAAACCAAUUACGAAUUUGUGUGUCCACAGAAAUACAGACUGCACACAGGAAUCCAGGCUCCAAGCCCAGUGGUAGUCGUAGGUGGCAUAUGGGUCCCACCAGAGUAUGCAGCCCACGCCGGAGCAUCGCCUGCCGCCUUCUAUGGAGCCACCGCUCCUACAAUACUGCCACCGCGUUAGUAUAGACCUUUUUUUCCUUCUUCUUUUUUAUAGGGCAGGGGAAUAGUGUUAAUUGUUAAGGACUGUUUGGUCCAAUUAAAUGGACCAAGGUGUAAAUGGGCUAAUAUUUCUUAUUGCGCUCUACUCGUACUAACAUCUGAAUUUUGCUCAA